AACUUUCUACCUUUUAGCAAGAAAAGGUUGCCAGCAGUCAAUAUGGAAGAAAUGGCAGAAAAGGAGAGACUGAGGAAGGAAGUUGCGCAGCUCCGCAGAGAAGCGGCACUGGAAAGAAUGAAGGUGUCCCAAUGUUGUGAAGAUCUGCGGGAGUACGUCCUACAAAAUGCUGCCAAUGAUCCACUGCUGAAGGGUGUCCCAGAUGACAAAAACCCCUACAAGGAGAUCAAGGGAGGCUGCGUGAUUUCAUAAAGAAAUAAAAAUAAAAAUCCCUGGAAUAUCUUGAGCUUUCAUGACAACAUUCAUUUUUCAUCCUAUGUCAUAGUAUCAUUAAGCAUGUGAACGAAUUUUAAAAUUCAUUAGUAUAAAUCUUUAAUGAAAAUUGGCAUGUGAUAAUGUUAAGUCUAUGUUUUAAUAUGUUUAUUUAGCACAGGGUCUAACGCAUAAUUGACAAUAAUGUUGACUGACCCCUUUCUUUAACAGUAACUACUGUGAUCUAUGAAUGAGUCUGUAUUAUGUUGGUUGCCAGCAUUUAGUUACUGUUUUAUGUUUCUUCACUUCCUUUUCAACACUCAUAAUAUUCCAUCUGGAAAUUUCAUGGUUAGACGUAUAUAUUUUUUCAACCUUUCUCUUGCUUACUGAAUUAGGAAGUCUAUUCUUUUGAUUCAUAAGACUGAUCUUUGCAGAAUGUGUGCUGUGAAGAUUUUGGAUGUUGAUGGUUUGUUUUCUGUUUCUCUUUAUCUUUCAACCCAAAGCGAGCAGUGAUGGUUUUAACAUUAACCUCUUCCUCCAUUCUUACCAGUUCUAGUUGUCAUCAAUGAUGUGACUUUCCCCUGGAAUGCCAACUGGAUCGAGGGUUCAGUGUAUGGUCACAGGGCACAGCAGGUGUAACCAGCACCAGAAUGAGGAGGAUGAGAAGCCAGACAGCUCGGGCUCUGGCACUCAACUGCCUAACUGACUUUGGAUAAAUGACUUAAGCUCUCUGAGUCUCAGUUUCUUCUACUGUAGAAUAAGGAAAGAAAUGGUGCUAUCCCCUUUGUCCUGGGGAUUAACUGUGAUACUAGGGUGACUAUAGCACUUAGCAUUUUGCCUGGCAUAGAGUAAGACCCACUAGGUGUUAGUUUAUUACUGGGAAAGGAACUGGACUACAUGCAUAGCAUCCCCAUGAUAACUCUCACCAGUCCCAUCGAUAGAAGGCAAGACGAUAGAAAAGUAGCUAUCCGCAUCCUCCUGCUAGUCGAUUUCCUCCUAGCUUCACCUUGAGUCUGCCUACGCCUGACCUCACUACCUUUGCGCUGCUAACGCCUCUGCUUCUGUAACAAGUGGCGAGUAUUAAUAGAUAACUAGAUGACUAUUUUUGCUGCGAGUAUUUCCUUGUUGCGCUCUUACAUUUACAGUGCUAUUUUUGUAAUAGAUUAGAAAUGCUAAUUAUUCUUUUAAAAAGAUAAGAAUUAGCUAUUAUUUUUUCUGAAAGAGAUCUAUUAUUGUAUGAAUAUUUAAAAUCGCUAGAGCAAAGAUGAAUAUAUGGAAGAAAGCCUUAUAAAUGUCCUCUAUUAUUAUUAGCCCUACACACUUCCUGUUGUCAACACACUUAAAUAUUAAGUAAUCCCUCACAUGACUCCCCAUCUUCCAUCUUCUCGAGUUUAGUCCUACGAAUCCCUCCACCUGAAAUAUUCCUCUGCUCCAUCUCAUUUCAGCCAUUUGAAAUCCUAUUUUUCUUCUGACACUUAAUAAAAAUUAUCUCCUCUGUCCCUCACUCUAUUCCAAGAGUAAUGUGUAUUGUGUAUCUCUUAAGUGAUUUUACAUUAUUGUGCUUUCUCUUCUUAUAGCUUGUAUAGCUGUCUUAAUUUCAAUAACAUAUUGUAAAUUUCCCAAGCCGGAAGUUCCAUUCAUCUGUGUAACUGCAAAAUCAACUAAUAAAGUCUCUAAAAUUUAA